GAGUCCCAGCUCCAAGUCUUUCACAGUCCCACUUCAGACACGCUUCCGAAAAGACGAAAGGUCCAAACACGCACCAAAAGCAAAGCAAACCUCUUUUCAUUCUCUUCUUCUUCUUCGACAAAAAAACCAGACAGACGAGAGAUCUAAAACAAACAACGUACCUUGUUUCCUGUUCAAAAACACAACACAGCAACAAUGGCCGGGUACAGAGCUGAGGACGACUACGACUACCUCUUCAAGGUUGUCCUCAUCGGCGACUCCGGUGUGGGCAAGUCCAACUUGCUCUCCCGAUUCACAAGGAACGAGUUCAGCCUUGAGUCAAAGUCCACAAUUGGGGUCGAGUUCGCCACCCGAAGCUUGAACGUCGACGGCAAAGUCAUCAAGGCCCAGAUUUGGGACACUGCCGGCCAAGAAAGGUAUAGAGCAAUAACAAGUGCUUAUUAUCGAGGAGCCGUGGGUGCACUGCUUGUGUAUGAUGUUACUCGAAAUUCAACAUUUGAAAGUGUGGAAAGAUGGUUGAGGGAGUUAAGAGACCACACUGAUCCCAAUAUUGUUGUCAUGCUGGUUGGUAACAAAUCAGAUCUACGUCACCUUGUGGCAGUCUCAACUGAGGAUGGAAAGUCAUUUGCCGAGAGAGAGUCCCUGUACUUCAUGGAAACUUCUGCACUUGAAGCAACUAAUGUGGACAAUGCAUUUGCUGAGGUCCUUACCCAGAUCUUUCACAUAGUGCGCAGGAAGACUAUGGAGGCUAACAAUGAUGCAGCAGCUGCUCCUUCCCAAGGAGAGAAAAUCGAUAUCGGUGAUGUUUCAGCUGUGAAGAAAGGUGGAUGUUGCUCGAGCUAGAUUUUGAAUCUGCAUCACAUUUGCUGAGCGGGGUUCCAUUUCUUACUUCCAGUGUCAUUGUCAUUAUCACAUCUGCAUAGGUGUUGAAUGGGGCAAAUUUGCACCAAAGUUCUGUAUUUUGAGAUUAUUAUUCGAUCUGAUUAAUUUAAAUCUUUUAUUCA